CUGUUUCCAUCUUUAAUUAUUUUUUUUCCCUAUCCCGUGCUUUAAAGGCUCUAAAAUGGCUUCCACUGGCGCUCCUUGAUUUUCCACGCUAUCUUCCUCUCGGCGCUCCCUCAAUUUUUGAUCUCGAUUCGAGUUCCGCUGGCCGAUUGGCAAUAAAGUCCUGCGCCGCUCCCCGUCUUGACUUUUCUUUAAUUCGUCCUCUUCGUUCUGGGAUGAUCCCUAAGGAGGGAGCUUUCUUCGGAUCUGGGAGGGGUCGGCCGUGACGAGCCAUGGCCGGGCGGAUCCGUCUCGGCGGCGGAGCGUCAUCUCCGAUGCCAGAGAGGCGAGGGAAGGGCGGUGAUGGAGUGUCGCGGAGCGUCUGGAGGCUAGUGCACUGGGCGGCGGUGGCGACGUUCCGGCGGAGGGGGGCGCUUCUGGUGGUUCCGCUCCUCUACCUAGCCCUCACGCUGGUGUUCUUAGGGAGGUGGGAGUGGGACCUCAAGCCGCCCAUGCCGGUCCGAAUCGGUGUCGCCGUCCUUAGGAGGAGGGUGCCACCGCCAGGGUCAGUGUACCGCAGUCCGCAGGUGUUUCAGAAGCUGUGGCCUUACAUGCAGGCCGAUCUAAACCACUCCAUUCCGUUGACAGCAGCAUGGCGCCACAAAGCAACUCAAAAAUGGAAACCUUGCUUUAGGAAGAGUCUGUCACAAGCAGAGUUGCCCCCUUCAAAUGGGUUUCUCAUAAUUGAAGCAAACGGUGGUUUGAAUCAGCAACGUCUAUCUAUAUCUGACGCAGUGGCAGUGGCAGGCUUGCUAAAUGCCACACUUGUAAUACCAAUGUUUCAUUUCAACAGUGUUUGGCGUGAUUCUAGCAAGUUUGAGGAUAUAUUUGAUGAAGAGUACUUCACUGAGAUCCUGAAAGAUCAUGUAAGAGUGGUAAAAGAGCUUCCUUCAGAUAUAUUGGAUCGAUUUGACAACAACAUUAGCAAUAUUUUAAAUAUGAGAAGUAGGGCCCUGCAAUCAAAGACCUAUUAUCUGGAGAAGGUUCUGCCAAAACUGAUAGAAUUUGGAGCCAUACGAAUUGCACCCUUCUCUAAUAGAUUGGCUCAUUCCGUUCCACCCAGUAUCCAAGGAUUGAGAUGUUUGACCAAUUUUGAAGCACUGCGCUUUUCUCAACCAAUAAGGGCACUUGCAGACAAAAUGGUAGACAGAAUGGUAACAAACAGUUCAAAAAAUGGUGGGAAAUACAUCUCAGUGCAUCUUCGGUUUGAACAGGAUAUGGUAGCUUUUUCAUGCUGUACUUAUGAUGGUGGCCAACUAGAGAAAGAUGAAAUGAAUAAAGCUCGUGAAAGAGGUUGGAGAGGGAAAUUCAAUAGGCCUGGUCGAGUUAUUAGCCCAGAAGCUAACAGAAGGAAUGGGAGAUGCCCCUUAACACCACUAGAGGUUGGAAUGAUGCUUCGAGGCAUGGGAUUUGAUAACAAUACGUUAGUCUACGUUGCCUCUGGAAAGAUAUAUAAUACAGAAAAAUAUAUGGCUCCUCUCCAUCAGCUAUUUCCUCUCUUAGAGACCAAGGAUACCCUGGCUUCAACAUAUGAACUUGCACCUUUCAAGGGACACUCAUCACGGUUGGCAGCACUUGAUUAUAGUAUCUGUGCUCACAGUGAAGUUUUUGUAACAACUCAAGGAGGAAAUUUCCCUCACUUUUUGAUGGGACACAGGCGCUAUUUUAAUGGACACUCAAAAACAAUAAAUCCCGACAAGAGAAAGUUGGUGUUAUCAUUUGACAACCCUUUUAUUAGAUGGGAUAGGUUCAAACGUAAUAUGCAGGAAGUUCUGCAUCACAGUGACGUAAAGGGCAUCAGUUUGAGAAAACCAGAUGCAUCCUUGUACACUUUUCCGAUGCCGGAUUGCUUGUGUCAGCAAGCAGAAACGUGACAUACUGUAGAUUAUUGGUUAAACAACUAAGUCUAACAACAGAAGUGGGCUACUUUUUGAACGCUUUUAACACAGUUGUAAGUAGUUUUUCUCAGUAUUAGUCAAUCAAUUGUAAUCCUAAUUCAUUCAUUCUUGUGCACGAUCCUUCACAAUUGCUUUCAAUUUAUAUGGCAUCACAAUAUAUGCAAAAUUUACACUAUG